GCUCCUUAUCUGCCUUCUUCGAAGGAGAAAAGACUAGAUGAUCAAAAAGAACUUCUGGGAGGAUUCUUAUCUUCAACUGGUGUGUAUAUGCUGGUAGAUAAGAACAUAAGCUGGCCCUUCACCCUGUACUUUGUAGCUUACAUAAGGAGGAGUUGUCUUUUCUUCAGCAUCAUGGUCCAUUUUGGAGACUCGGGGCAGCUGCUCACCAGCAGUCCAGAGGCGUUGUUGUGCUGCAAAUAUUGGCUGGCAUUGCUGUUUGUCUACCAAGUUCAGUCCCUGCUGGUUGCCCAGGUGCAGACCGUGCUUGCCUUCGCAAAUGCAAACGUGAGUUUCCAAAUUGCAUUC